AGAAAUCUAUCUAAAGCUGUCAGUUUCGAGCGGGCCACUGUUGGUCAACUACCUUAUGCAAGCUGCUUCACCAUUUUGUUUGCAAGUUGUUUGCAGUUGAGUCGUAAUCAAGCUUUUGUGCUGCUGGUCUCGCGUGAAAUAAUCUUCUUCCAAGCAAGAUUGUAAUCUUAAAUCGUGUUCAAGUGUGAGCUCUAUUGCUUCGGUGCAAGAUUUGAACAUUGCAUUCAGGAACUUUCGUAAAAAAAACCCGUUGAGUAACCAUGACCUCUCCAGAUUGGAAGCGUUCAGCUGCUGAAGUGCUUCUCAAGCUGUAUAAGGAGCACCCGAUUUUGUAUGAUAUGCGUCAUCCAAAAUAUUACAACAAAACGGAACGUCAGAAGGCCCUAAACACCAUAAUCGAUUUGCUGGAGGACCACCGCCCGGGGACAACCACAAAUGACAUCCUCCGGAAGAUUCAAACUAUGCGCACCCAGUUUGGCCAGGAGCUGGUAAAGUUAAAGAAAGCCCAAAGCAGAGGCAUCGAGUAUACUCCCACCGUUUGGUGGUAUAGCUAUUUGGCAUUUUUGAAGCACCAUAUAAAACCCCGCACAAUCCACGAUGAAGAAGAUGACCCCCAGUCGGAGGGGGAUUAUGAAAAUACCGUGGAAGAGUCCUACGAAAUCGAACACGACGGGGGCCAAAUCGUGUACGAGAUCCAGAGUACCCCAGUUGGAAAGGGUGGUAAUUUAGAUUAUGAGGGUGAAACUAGAUUGAUCCGUAAACAAAACAUCAUCACUCCAACCACGAUUAGCAAAGAGGAAAUCAUCUACGAGAUCAACAAUGCCGACGGGGUCAUUUCGAAGCGCAAAACAACGGACCUUAACGAAGGAUUGAUGACACCAAACGUAAAAAUGGCUCGCAAAGAAAGUCCGAUAACGAUGGAAACAAUUACAACAAAUCCAUUCAUGCCCAGUACCCCGCAAUUGACGACAGUUAUCCCCGGUACUGGUGGGAAACGAAAUUCUUCCUCGGUAACACCGGAAGCCUACGAAAUAAACGUCGAUUCGGACCGAGCUCGAAGUUUGGGUCAGUUUGUGAUGUCGCAGAUCAGUGCCAUCAAGGACGAUUAUUUGUUCUACUCGACGCAAAUGGACGUUUUGAAUGUGAUCAACAAGGCUCAGCUGAAACAGCUGCAAAUGGACAAGGAAGCCGAAAAGGCAAAUGCCUCCAAAACGUAGACUCAUGUAAAACUUUAUGUUAAGUAUCUUUAAAAUUAAUGUUACGAAUUCUCUGUUCGAAGAAUUACUUUUAUCGUUUCCUAAGACAUAAACGUGUAAUUUUAAUAUGUUUCAAAUAGCUGAUAAUUGCACAAUGAAAUAAAUUCACAGAAACAGUUUGUGAAAUAUGA